AAAAAAGGAAGAAAGCUGGUACAAAUGUCACUGACUAUAAAUACUACUAAAUAAUAAAUUAAUAGAGAGAAGAAUAAUAAUAAAACGGGAGUAUAUUGCUUAAGAAAUGCUCUAAACAUGGUAAAGUGCUGUGCUGUAAGCAAUAGUCGAAGUGGUGGUAAUAGUGGGAACUGGAACUCUUGUUGAGGUUUGGUUUUGUAGGAAAGGGGUUUUCUUUCUUUGUCGUUGGAAGAAAAACCCUACCUUUUUUCUGCUGGGUCGCAAUCUUUUUUAGGUCAUCAUCUUUUGCAGCUCUAGCGCCCUCCCUGGAGGCUUUUUGUUGUUUAGUAAUGUGGAAGUGGAAUUAUGGAUGUAAUCCUAUGCAAAAUUGCAGUUCGUAGUGUUCCGGAAUUGGAGAACUUUGUGGUUUUUGUUUUCUUUUCGUGGAGGAAUAUUCAAAGUUGAUGGAGCGACAUGACCCAAUUUCAUAAUUAUGUGUUCUUUUUUUGGGAAAUUUUGUUUCUUUUGUUUUGCUAAAUUUUGAAAAUUAUGGCUUCUGGUAGAUUUCUCGGGAUGUAUUUUCGAAGUUUUGAUUCCUGGUUAUGUCAUCCCUUGUUGAUAUGAAAGUUUGUGGGGCAUUGAUGUUCGAAGUUUAUCGAUAAUGUCUUUUACAACUUUAGGUGCUUUUGAGGGCAUUGAUUACUGUCAUACUGUGUUUUGUAGUCAGCUUUUUAGAGGUUUUGAGUAUUCUAUAGGCUUUGAAAAUUCUGGCCAUUUCACCAUUCAGUUAAUUCUUUGUCUCAAUCCUUUAUUGAUGAUUUUAACUGAAUUAUAUUUUUCUCCUCCCUGCAGUCUAAAUUUCAUUGGACAGACAACGCCUAGUGUCGAGAGGGAGGACUGGGGUGACUUGCUGUAAAAUUUCUACUAUUUCAUAAUUAUUUGGGGUUAAUAUCAGAUAUUUGCGCUGGAGUGGUUAGGUGUACCGGGUACUGUUACCAUGUCAUCCUUAAGUCGGGAACUGGUUUUCUUAAUACUACAGUUCUUGGAUGAGGAGAAGUUCAAGGAGACAGUCCACAAGCUGGAACAAGAAUCUGGUUUUUUCUUCAACAUGAAGUACUUCGAAGAUCAAGUUCAAGCAGGCGAAUGGGAGGAAGUUGAACGUUACCUUUCUGGGUUCACAAAGGUUGAGGACAACCGGUAUUCAAUGAAGAUUUUCUUUGAAAUAAGAAAGCAGAAGUAUCUUGAAGCUCUUGAUAAGAAUGAUCGAGCAAAAGCAGUUGAAAUUCUUUGCAAGGAUCUUAAGGUUUUUGCAUCUUUCAAUGAAGACCUAUUUAAGGAAAUCACGCAGUUAUUAACUCUUGAAAAUUUUAGGCAGAAUGAGCAGCUUUCCAAAUACGGGGACACAAAAUCAGCACGAAAUAUCAUGCUAGUUGAAUUAAAGAAGCUUAUUGAGGCAAAUCCUCUCUUCCGUGACAAGCUAACAUUUCCUACCUUCAAGGCUUCUCGAUUGCGCACAUUGAUUAAUCAGAGUCUCAACUGGCAACAUCAACUCUGUAAGAACCCCCGUUCUAACCCUGACAUCAAGACCCUUUUCACCGAUCAUACCUGUUCUUCUAGCAAUGGUGCUCGUGCUCCUCCACCUGCUAACAGUCUCCUUACUGGACCAGUGGCUAAACCUGGGACAUUCCCUCCCCUUGCAGCCCAUGGUCCAUUCCAACCAGUUGUUUCUCCCUCGCCAAGUGCUAUUGCAGGUUGGAUGUCAGGUGCUAAUCAUCCUAUUCCGCAUGCUGCUGUUGCGGCAGGUCCUCCUGGUAUGGUUCAGGCUCCAGGUGCAGCGGCAUUUCUGAAACAUCCAAGGACUCCUCCCGGAGCUUCUGCUAUGGACUACCAGUCUGCUGAUUCAGAGCAUCUGAUGAAACGCCUUCGUGUUGGCCCAUCUGAUGAGGUCUCCUUUUCUGGUUCAGCCCAUUCUCCCAGUAUUUACUCACCAGAUGACCUUCCCAAAACAGUUGGUCGCAUUCUCAGCCAAGGAUCUAAUGUUAUGAGCUUGGACUUCCAUCCCCAGCAGCAGACCGUUCUGUUAGUUGGAACAAAUGUUGGAGACAUUAGCAUAUGGGAAGUUGGCUCCAGAGAAAGGUUGGCUCACAAGAAUUUCAAAGUAUGGGAUGUAUCAGCAUGUUCGAUGCAGCUACAGACCACAUUGGUUAAAGAUGCCACUAUUUCUGUGAACCGUUGCAUAUGGGGACCGGAUGGAUCUAUACUUGGUGUGGCAUUCUCGAAGCACAUUGUUCAGAUAUAUGCUUACAAUCCCGCUGGUGAUUUGAGACCGCACUUUGAAAUUGAGGCUCAUAUUGGUGGUGUCAAUGACAUUGCUUUUGCUCAUCCUAAUAAGCAACUAUGUGUAGUGACGUGUGGAGAUGACAAGACUAUCAAGGUUUGGGAUGCUGUAACUUCUCGUAGGCUAUACGUAUUUGAAGGCCAUGAAGCUCCUGUGUAUUCAGUCUGUCCUCAUUACAAGGAAAAUAUCCAGUUUAUUUUCUCGACUGCAAUAGACGGAAAGAUAAAAGCAUGGCUUUACGAUUGUUUGGGUUCAAGAGUUGAUUAUGAUGCUCCUGGACUUUGGUGCACAACAAUGGCCUAUAGUGCUGAUGGAACUAGACUAUUCUCGUGUGGCACAAGCAAAGACGGUGAGUCGCAUCUUGUUGAAUGGAACGAGAGUGAGGGAGCUGUCAAGAGAACAUAUUCUGGUUUUAGGAAACGAUCUUUGGGUGUGGUACAGUUUGACACUACUAGGAAUCGGUUUCUUGCUGCUGGUGAUGAGUUCCAGAUAAAGUUUUGGGACAUGGACAAUAACAAUAUAUUGACCUUCACUGAUGCUGAUGGUGGAUUGCCUGCUAGUCCUAGGCUACGUUUUAACAAAGAAGGAUCAUUGCUAGCUGUUACAACGAAUGACAAUGGGAUCAAGAUAUUGGUAAAUGCUGAUGGACAACGCUUGCUGAGGAUGCUAGACAGAUCAUUUGAGGGCUCCCGUGGUCUUUCUGAAGCAGUCAAUGUUAAACCUGCAAUUGCUGGUUCAUUGGGACCUAUACCACCUGCACCUCCAAUUCUUGAACGUAAUGAUAGAAUGCAACAGUCUUUAUCCAUUGCAAAUCUGGCUCCCAUGGAGAGCAGUCGGGUAACCGAUGUUAAACCGAGGUUAUCAGAUAAUGCUGAUAGAAUCAAAGGCUGGAAGUUCCCUGAUAUAGCCGAAUCAGGACAGUUGAAGACAUUAAAAUUACCUGAUACUUUGGCAGCAAGCAAGAUUGUGCGCUUGCUUUACACAAAUACUGGUCAAGGUCUUUUGGCGCUAGCUGCCAAUGCUGUUCACAAGCUUUGGAAAUGGCAGAGAAAUGAACGCAAUUCUUCAGGAAAGGCUUCUGCAUCGGUAAUGCCACUGUUGUGGCAGCCAAAUAGUGGUGCGGUUAUGUCUAAUGAUCUGAGUGAAACCAAACCAGCAGAAGAAUCAGCUGCAUGCAUUGCUCUAUCUAAGAAUGAUUCUUAUGUCAUGUCUGCUUCUGGUGGAAAGGUUUCACUGUUCAACAUGAUGACAUUUAAGGUCAUGACAACGUUCAUGUCUCCACCACCAGCUGCUACAUAUCUCGCUUUCCAUCCUCAAGACAACAAUAUCAUUGCUAUCGGGAUGGAGGAUUCUACUAUACAGAUUUACAAUGUUAGGGUUGACGAGGUUAAAACCAAGCUCAAGGGGCACCACAAACAAAUUACAGGGCUUGCUUUUUCCCCGAAUUUAUUGGUCUCCUCAGGAGCUGAUGCACAGCUUUGCGUCUGGAAUAUUGAUGGUUGGGAGAAGAAGAAGACAAAACCCAUACAGGCACCGCCAGGUCAUGCAUCUCCACUGGUUGGAGAAACUAAAGUUCAAUUCCAUAAUGAUCAAUCUCAUGUGUUGGUCGUACAUGAGAGCCAAAUUGCCAUAUAUGACACACAACUUGAAUGUCUGCGCUCGUGGUAUCCACGAGAUUCACUUUCUGCAGCGAUUUCAAGUGCAAUAUAUUCCUGUGAUGGCCAGUUAAUCUUCACUGGAUUUUCCGAUGGUGCAGUUGGAAUUUUUGAUUCAGAUGGUUUGAGGCUUCGUUGUCGAAUAGCACCAACUGCUUAUAUUUCCCCGUUAAUUACCAGCAACAGUGGAGGCAAUCCUUUUCCAGUCGUGAUUGCAGCACAUCCUGCGGAUCCCCACCAAUUUGCUCUUGGUAUGAGUGAUGGUGGAGUUCAUGUGAUUGAGCCGGAUGCAGAUCCAAAAUGGGGUAAUCUGGGAUCUCAAGAUAAUGGAGCUAUGCCAUCUAAUCCCUCAAACUCUGCAUUAAAUAGUCAGCCAUCCGAAACUCCUUCUAGGUGAUAGAUAUCCUGCAUCAUGGUCGUGGGGUUGCUGUUAGUUUUUGGUGGGAAUCAUGUUCUUUCUCGGCCCCUUAUGCGAUGAGGGCGAGGAUGCUUGAUUAAUUAAUAGUGUUUUUUUCUUUUUAGCUUUCAGACCCAUUUGAGAUUUCCUUUCCCAUUUCUUCUUUACCGCUGACUGAUUCAUUUGGUGCUGUUUUGUUUAAAGUCUCUCCUCACUCUCUGUGAUUGCUCUUACCAAAUCAAACCGAUCGUGAGAAAUCUCGAAUUUGGUGGCAUGAGAAUAUGAGAUCCUAUUUCAACUGGAAUCGUGGAAUGAAAUAAUGGUUAGCAUUUCAAGUUGUACUAGUAUGCGAAGGCCUUUGAAACCUGCAAAACAUGACUUUGUGUAAAUUUUCAAUGAUCUGAUUCAUUGGCUCGAUUUAUAUUACUAGGUUUUUUAUUUAUUUAUUAUUAUUGCAAUACGCCCCUUAGAUAUCAAAAGUUACUGUGUCGACAGAUCUAACAAACAAAACCAAGAAACAGAACUAUCUUAACA